GGCGGAUAGAGGGGCCCACACUUGCCCUCUGGGCCCUGGCUUCCGCCGGAAGUGACCGCCAGCCGCAAGUGCCCUUCCUCGGCUGCACGCGCGGGCUCCCGCUACCCUGUUCUCGGUGUCCGUGGCGGACUACCACGAUGGCGGUCGCCGUCAUGCUGCGCGCGGCGCCCCGCUUCAGCGGUUUCUGUGCUGGCCCGACCCCAUUAUUGCAAGGUCUGUCGCGGCCCCUGAAGACUCCAGUAUUGCCCCUGUCCCGCGGCCUGGCGGUGGAGGCCAAGAAGACUUACGUGCGCGACAAGCCUCAUGUGAAUGUGGGUACCAUCGGCCAUGUGGACCACGGCAAGACCACACUGACCGCAGCUAUUACAAAAAUUCUAGCUGAGGGAGGUGGGGCUAAAUUCAAGAAAUACGAGGAAAUUGACAAUGCCCCUGAGGAGCGAGCCCGGGGCAUCACCAUCAAUGCGGCCCACGUGGAGUAUAGCACUGCCACCCGCCACUAUGCCCACACAGACUGUCCAGGUCACGCAGAUUAUGUUAAGAACAUGAUCACAGGCACUGCUCCCUUGGACGGCUGCAUCCUGGUGGUGGCAGCCAAUGACGGCCCCAUGCCCCAGACCCGAGAGCACCUACUGCUGGCCAAACAGAUUGGGGUAGAGCAUGUCGUGGUGUAUGUGAACAAGGCGGAUGCUGUCCAGGACGCUGAGAUGGUGGAGCUUGUGGAGCUAGAGGUCCGGGAGCUGCUCACCGAGUUCGGCUACAAGGGGGAGGAGACCCCUGUCAUCGUAGGCUCUGCUCUCUGUGCCCUUGAGCAGCGUGACCCCGAGCUAGGUGUGAAGUCUGUGCAGAAGCUGCUGGAUGCUGUGGACACUUACAUCCCAGUGCCCGUCCGGGAUCUGGAGAAGCCUUUCCUGUUGCCUAUAGAGUCAGUUUACUCGAUUCCUGGCCGGGGCACGGUGGUGACAGGCACACUAGAACGUGGCAUUCUAAAGAAGGGAGAUGAGUGUGAGCUCCUGGGACAUAGCAAGAACAUUCGCUCUGUGGUGACAGGCAUUGAAAUGUUCCACAAGAGCCUGGAGAAGGCAGAGGCGGGGGAUAACCUUGGGGCUCUGGUCCGAGGCUUGAAGCGAGAGGAUCUGCGGCGAGGCCUGGUCAUGGUCAAGCCAGGUUCCAUCCAGCCACACCAGAAGGUGGAGGCCCAGGUUUACAUCCUCAGCAAGGAAGAAGGGGGUCGCCACAAGCCCUUUGUGUCUCACUUCAUGCCUGUGAUGUUCUCUCUCACUUGGGACAUGGCCUGUCGGGUCAUCUUGCCUCCAGGGAAGGAGCUGGCCAUGCCUGGGGAGGACCUGAAGCUCAGCCUUAUCUUGCGACAGCCAAUGAUCCUAGAGAAAGGCCAGCGUUUUACCCUGCGAGAUGGCAACCGCACCAUUGGUACCGGCCUCGUCACUGACACACCGGCCAUGACGGAGGACGACAAGAACCUCAAGUGGAGCUGAGUGUGGAUUUCUGCUCAGGUUAUCUUGAGUUCAGGACUGCCUGGCCAGUCUUCCCUCCUGCUUCUGGUGCGCCGCGAGGGCACAAGCUGCUGCCAGCGAAGUGCAGCUAGCUGGACACUUCCCUGGCUGUAGGGGUGGUCUACUAGGUAAGGUAGGCCAAUAAACUGUUCUGUGAAUAGCAAGC